AUGUCCACUCAAUGCUCCAACCUGAGGGACAAGCGCCCAUACUGCUCCAACUCCCACAACACUGUCUGGGUCUCCGAUUUCGUCAAGGUGCCUGAGUUCAAGCCCUUGCCUGGAAAGCACAUCACGACGGAGGGUCCCCCCACGAAGAAGGGCCGCACAGAGGACUUUCACCCACGAGUGGACACUGUCGACACGCUGCCGCAGCCUCCAUCCCCGAGCAAAUAUUCGGACGCUGCAUCAAGCGUCACUAAGACCCUGGCAGCCAGCAUGAUUAUCUACGACCCCUCUGGGAAGCCUGUCCUGGUGCCAGCCGACAGCCCAGGCUCGACUGUGUACCUGCCGGAUGCCGACGAUUGGACGAUAGCCCGCCACGCCAAAAACGGCAAGGAGUACAUCGCCUCGGUCGACGCUCUCGUGAACGAGAAGAAGGAAGAGGAAGCACGCAAGCAGAAGAUCGCGGAAGCAGAGAAGCUUCGACAAGAGGCGGCAGCAAAAGAGGCCGAGGAGCGCAAGCAGCACACGGAGGAAGAGAUCCGGGCAACGAUCGAGAAGGAGCUCCUGCAAGCUCAUCAGGAGGAGGUCAGCCGACUUGUCCAGGAGCAUAAGGCCAAACGCGAAGCGGAGGAGAAACGACUGCAAAUGGAACAAGAGGCCCGUGAACAGGCAACGGCCGAGGCCUUGCAGAAGCAGCGUGAGGAGAUCGAGAAGGAGACACAGAGAAAGCUUGAGGAGCAACGAGCGCAGCAGGAGCAGACAACAAAGCGGGAGCUUGAGGAAAGACAGAAGUUGGAGGAGGAGGAGAACAAGAAGAGAGCGGAGUUCGAGCAGGCCACCUUGGCAAGGCUUCAGCGCGAAAACGAGAUCAAGCUGGAGGCUGACAAGAAGAAGCUGGAACAAGAGAUCCGCCAGCAGCUCGAGCAGGAUCUUAAGAAUAAGCAGAGCCCUUCCAGGGCAAAGGGCGCCAAAGUCGUGGAGAUUGAUGCCGAAGAGUCAAAGGACGGUCAAUCAAAGGUUUUGACGGACGCAGAUCGCAAGCGCAUAGAGGACAGCAAGGCAGCCGCCGUGCAGAAGAAGGCCGAGCGAGACGCCGCGUCACUGAAGGAGAGGUCUUACCGCCUGUGUUUUCUAUGUAACGUAGUUCACGAUUAA